AUUCUCACAAGACCCAGCCAAGUUCGCUAACGACAUACGUCUGAACAAUGCCUCUUGGGUGGUAUCUAGCUCAGGGGCUAAUUCCGCUUACCCCGAGUAGCAGCGACGACGAGGAGGGUCCUUGUGAGCUCCCGGACGGCCGACUGGUCUGCGGUCCCCAUGGCCUCGUAACCUGCGGAAAGUGCUGUGUAGACUACAGCUUCAUGGAUGAUGUUCUUAGUCAAGACAGAGAAGACGAGGACGAGGACGAGGACGAGGACGAGGACGAGGACGAGGACAGCGAUCACCCUGGCUCGGACAUUGCGGCUUCAAACUUGGAUCUAGCCACCGAAGGUUCGAACACUACGGGUUCCAAUUCACGUCGCCCAAUCAGCCAGCCUGUUUCCGUGGAAACCGCUCAAAUGCCUGCCGAUCUACACGAUGUCUUUGGCCACGUGUUGAGAAGGGGUACGGGUCGGGCCUUUCCCACCAAGUUCAACCCACCAUCGACUUCAGUGACUCCUUCAGAGCUAUUCUCUGGCCGGAAGAGACAUAUGCUUGUUACCAGAUACACUUUCCGAAAUGAUGCCGGCAAAGUCCUCAUUCGCACCGACGGUGCAUGUGUAGACAACGGCCAACCAAACCCAAAGGCAGGCUGGGCGUUCUGGCAUGGGCUUGAUCCUUCGGGGAAGCUGCUAGUCGCCUCCGGCCGCCUAGAGAAGAAGGGACCUUUCGGCGACGAUAGCAUUCAGACCAGCAAUCGGGCAGAGCUGCGCGCUAUCAUCGCAGCCCUGCGCUUCCGAUACUGGCCCGGUGAGGGGUUCCACACGCUUGUCAUCGCCACCGAUUCCGAGUAUGCGGUUGAGGGUUCGACCAAAUAUGCCAAGACGUGGGUCAAGAAUGGCUGGACAACGCGCACGGGGGUUGGCGUCAAGAAUCGGGAUUUGUGGGAAGCGCUGCUGGGUGAGAUUGAACGAUAUAAGGACGAAGGGAUGGCUGUCGAGUUCUGGAGAAUCCCGAGAGAGUGGAACACCGUUGCUGAUGCAGCUGCAAAGGAGGCUACCGCCGAGGUAGAUGCACCUAAUGGAUGGAGAGAAGUCUUGGGGUUCAAUUGCUAGAUUACCGUAGGGACGGCGAUGCAAUUUUGUUACACUGUGCAAAUUCAACUAGCGUUCGCCCCAGUCUUACAACGCGG